GUGCACAGAUCUUACUUUCCAAGUAGCGAUGAUUCAUUUGCCCCUCAUUGUGCGACAGCGCCGCUUCGACAUCCUUUUCGUUUUCCAACUGGAUGUACGCAUCGCCGGACCACUGCCGUUUGUCGUUGUAGAGAAAAUGCACACCCAGAACCCCAUUACGAAUACGGACGCCUGCGGGAAGAAACAUCCAUAAUUAUCAUGGGAAAUAAUUUUAAACAAUAUCCGCAGUAACCGUCGAAUUACGAAUACGAGUACAAAUCGAACUGCCAAAGCGGGCACUACUCUUUCCGCGUGAAAUAUUAAAUAGUGUGUAAUUUCUCGUUUCUGAUUUUUCCAUCGCGAGACCUACCCCGAUCAUUGAACCAUUUCAUGACGGUGUAUUCCGACUCCUGAAACGGUAUCCCACGAACUCUAACGCAGAAGCCCUGCGAGCUGGAGUUCGCGGAUUGAUGGUGCACGGCACCGUGAUGCUGCAGUAGUGGUUCGCGCACACUGUCACCACGGUAAUUGGAUUGUAUGGGCAUUAUUGGCUGGCUGGCAUUGCCGUGCCAUCGCGGCUCGUCAUCCAUCGGCACAUGAAUCAUUUUCCUCAUUAAACCGCUACUACGAGCAGUCAUUUAUCAGCGCGUGCAAGUUCAUUGUCGCUGGAUUGAUAACAACCUCCAGCAAAAUCAUUGGAUCGGAUAUGAUUAUGGCCGUAUGAAAAAGACCUUGAAAUCAUACUUAUCAGUAUCACCGUAUCAUCUGCAGUGUAGCGGAGACAGCGGGUAACUGCCGUUAUUUUCUGGCCUUUUGUUAUCCUUUUGUGUCCAUUAUUUUGCGAUCACUUUCCUUGUUUCGCUUCCUGGGUUAUAUUGCGCCAACCGUCAAGAAUGGAGCGUCCUGAAAGCAACAUGCUCCGCAAAAAGGGUCAUGGAGCCUCAUCCUCGGAGCCAAUUGUAGCUUCUCCAUUGUCUAAUUUUACUGUGCGAUUCACCAAUCGUGAUAUUACCGAUGAAUAUGUGGAUAUCACACAGGAUGUGGAUGAAAGCGCUAUCCCUUAUAAACCAAAUCCCCCCUCCUCUCUUUCUGGACAAAGUACCCCCGUAAACAUCUCAACCGGAAAAUUGAUCCAGGGGAAAGAUCAUUCCGGCCCGCCGUCGCCCAUUGCCAGUCCGGUGGCGGAGCGGGUGUCCUCGUUUCGAGAUAACUUUCAUAAUUUGAAAGAGCGUUUCACGUCGCAUCGCAAGAACUCUGAGGAUGAUAAAGAAAAACUACUCCCAAGCGUCUCAUCAGAAUCCGCCUACGGUACUUCGCACAGUUCGGGCUCCCAUUCGCCGUCCUUAAUUGGGAAAUUAGUGCGGAAAUUGGAGGAGCGACGUGGCAGUAGCCAUAAGGAUGCACCCGUUGGAUCUCUCUCACCCACAAAAGAGCCCUCCGCCGAGAAUGGCGGUGCUCCGGCGAUCUUGCCUGUCGUGCAGCCGGUGGGCGAACCAAAGAUAUUUCAUGAAACUGUGGUCAAAUCGGGAAGUAUGGAUAAUAUUCCGAAGUCUCUAAAAUCGGCACACGGCCAUGAUAAUGCCCUAGAAACAGCAUCCAUUGCGUCGGAACCCGCGGUCCAUGAAGUCACUAGUCUGGAAUCACAGGAAUUCAUUGCUCCUGAACCACGGAAAGGGGUGGCGGGUGUCCAGUCGGAGAGGCCGCUUGUUGACACAGAGUCUGCGUCGACGGGUUAUACAGAAACCGUUUCUCUCAAAGAGCACGGAGGAAAAUUCGGUGGAGUUGUUGGGGCGAAUGUCAGAGGGACGGAUGAGAAAAGCGGAGAUGGACUUUCGUCUAUGUCGUCCAUUUCGCCACUGUUAAUUGUUGCCGGGAUUUUAGUUGCGGUGGUGUUGGUUCCGAUGCCGUCGUUUAUGUCGGGCUUAUUGUUUGGCUGUAUAAUUACCGCGACGGCGAGUAUCCGAAUCUGGUUUACAGUGUUAUUCCCCAAUUCCAGAAAGUACGAUUCGUACCAGCGCAUUAUUCCAGGGGCGCCGUCGAUCGUGACUGGAGAUUCUACCGUUCGAUCAUGCGUAAACGAGAACGCUGGCCGAACAUCUACAGAAGCGGAGAGCACAUGGAUGAACCAGAUGGUGGGAGAUUUCGAUAUAUCCACUUUCCAUGUUAACCAGACCCAGAGUGUUUAUGUGACAUUAGAGGGAACGGCUUUGCGCAUCAGAAAGCCCAAAACACGUGUGGUGGCACGGCGCGCUAUGUUUGACGAAGAGCUGCGUAGUGAAACAUUCACAUUCGUAGAAAGUCGGGUGUACAACAUCCAAGGCGCAGCCGUCAGUCUGGCACCGACUGAUCUACCUCGGAAACGCCGCUGGUUGUGGAGAUUUCCCAUCGCUAUAAAGCUGGUGGAUCCGGCUUCUUUGGCCACAUUAAUUGAUGAGGCGCGGGAUUUUGAAGCAAAAAAGGCCGAAAAGGACAAGGAGAAAAGUCGUGAUCCCGAGAAAGAAGAAGAAAAAUUGGCGCCUGCCAAAGCGGCCGGAGAGAAGAAUUAUUUCUGUUUGUAUUUACUACCGCGAAGCGACAGAGAGAAGGAAGACUGGUUUUGGAAAUUGUGUGCCGCUACCGGCCAGUAUAAAUUCCCAUUGUUGCGACCGAAUUUGUCACCGAAUUUAUCCACAUUAAACCUGCUGUUCCAUCGGAUAUUUUUUGACGUAUUGACUGAGUCCACAUGGGCGGCGGUUGUAAAGAAGAAAAUCCAGAAGAAGCUUUCCGUGAUCUCCCUGCCGUACUACAUUGAAGAGCUUCAGAUUACCGAUAUCGAUCUCGGUAAACACUUGCCGAUUAUUAGUGAUGUUUCCCAGAAGCCGGGUAUUGAUUCGCGUGGAGUAUGGGUGGAAAUGAAUUUUGAAUACCAUGGAACCGUCCAGAUGACUUUGUCCACCAAGCUCAAUCUGAUGAAGCUGAAAAAGGAUAAAGACGGGGAUCAGGAUUACCGCGCUGCGGGAAACGAUCACGAGGUGCAGAUGGAUACGUUAAGUAUCGGUAGCGCCAGCAGUGUUGAUGCGUAUCGACCUCAACACCGUGAACGCGGACAAAGUGAUCGUGAGGCCAAUAUGUACGAGAGUGAUGAGGAAGAUGAAUUUGAUGAUAGCGCUGCGGUGCCACCGGAAGGCGGCGGUGGUAGUAAAAUUAUGCGCUACGUGGAGCGGAUCACCGAGUCAAAAGCCUUUCAGAAGCUGACAGACGUGAAGAUUGUCCGACGGGCUAUGGAAAAUGUUAGCGAAACUGAUCUCACAUUGACUGUGGUGGUAGAACGGUUGGCCGGUCGGCUAGCACUCAAUGUUCCGCAUCCGCCUAGUGAUAAAUUAUGGUAUGGAUUUGUUGCCAAACCCGACUUACACUUACGGGCUUUCCCCAAGUUUGGCGAGCGGGAGGUGACGUUCGAUCAGGUUACCAACUGGAUUGAACGCAAACUGACGACAGAGUUCCAUCGGCUGAUUACGGUACCGAAUAUGGAUGACCUUACUGUUCCUGUUAUGAAUAGCGGCUUGGAUGAUCAUGAAUUCAGAAUGUCCAAAUUGUCGGACUUAAUUUUGAAAUAAGUGUAGUUUUAUUUUGUAUCUGCAUGAUAAUUUGUGCUUCGGCUGCCUCAGUUGAAUAUUUCGCUGUGGACGGAAGUUGUGGACAAUAAUGGGUAAUUUUGUUAUAAUUACCACAUGACUGGCUGCGAUUUGUCUGCAACUUCAUUUUUAUACAGUAUACUUGUUUUUUUAAUGGUUUUGUCUCCUGGUUUUAUUCGGUUGGUUUUGUUAUGGCUCUACCGUGCUUAUCUGCCUGUGUAAUUAGGAAAUUUGGAUAGAUCCAGGUUUGCUUUGGUUCGCCUGAACUUUGUGCUUCCUUUGUAAUUUUCUGGUCAGCAGGACGGAACAAGUUUUCAGUUAAAGUAAAACAUCUGCGCAUAAUUUGU